CACACCGCCGUCCAACCCGGAUUAGGUAAACACUGGCGGUCCCCAGAUGCCUGUGUCCCCAAGGGUGCCCAGGUCCACGAGCCAGCAGUCAGGACGGUGCCCGCGCUCGGCCUACAGGGGGCGCGCCAGCCCCAUCUCAGCCAGGAAGACGCAAUGCGGUGCGGCCGGCCGACCCGCAGCCCCUCCCGUUCAACGUUUGACCACCCCCUCUCCCGACCGGAUCGGGCCGCGCCGACCUGCGCUUCUUGACCAGCUCUGGCUCCCGCCCCGCUUCACCCGGACCGGCAGCCGGGAGACGUUCCCGCUGUCUCCAUCCCGCCGGUCUUCCCAGCAGUCCCCGCGCCGCCUUAAAGGUGAAGCCGCUAGCUCGGCGCCGUCGGAGGGGGCGAAACAAAAUGCUCUCGGAGGGCUCGCUGCCUUAAAGGAACCGGAACCAGAAAUACCCAUGACAAGCCCCUCAGGAAUUUGGGAUUCCCCAGAGAAUUCUAAAAAGAACAAAGAGGCCCUUCAGUAGCCAGAAAAAGAUGCUGCUACAAACAGACUUGAUGAAAAGCCCCUGUGGUUGGAAUGACAGGUGGGUCCAAUGCCCAGGUGCAUGGGUCAGCCCUGGGCAGAGGAGCAUCUGGGCCUGGGGCUGCUGGAGCACAGAUCAGCAGGUGAUUGAUCCCCUGCAGGCUGCCUAGGGCACUGCAGCCAUUCAGACCACAGAAAUCAAUGUAUACUCUGGGCUUCUUGGAUGUAGGUGCCCUGUUCCCUUGCUCCCCUGGGAGUUUAUGAGGCCACUAACUCCUUUAGCUUUUUAAAAAUUUUUUUUUGUGGUACUAGGGAUCAGACCCAGAGCUUUGUACAUACUGGGAAAAUGCUCUACCACUGAGCUGUACACCUUAAGACAUUUUAAAAAAAUUUUUCAUUUCUUGCUUGACUAUGAGGUCAGAAGGAGCAGCAACCCCCAGUUCCACAAAGGCAUGAAUCAAACAGCCAGUAUAGAGCUGGACACAGUGGUACAUGUCUGUAAUUCCAGCUACUCGAGAGGCUGAGGCCAGAAGAUCUCAAGUUCAGGGUCAGCCUUAGCAA